CUGCAGAAAACUACAGAGGAAUGAGCAAGGAGAGCAGCCUGCUGUACUUGUGAAGCCUCUGGUCAAACGACAUCGUUGAAAAACUAUAAAUAUGUCUUUAACUGUUUUAUCUUCGGCUUACAGACUGAGGUCCCUCUGCAGAUUACAGCGAAUCCAGGGUCACAUGAUGUCGAGUCAGGUGGAACCAGACGUUCUCCUGGAGAAAGUGGGGAACGCAGGCGUGAUCACCAUAAACAGACCUAAAGUCCUGAACGCCCUCAACAUCAACAUGAUCCGACAGAUCUACCCUCAGCUCAAGAAAUGGGAAAGUGGAAAUGACACUGACAUUGUGAUCAUUAGAGGAGCAGGCGGGAAAGCUUUCUGUGCUGGUGGAGACAUCAGAGCGGUAACAGAUGCAGGGAAGGUUGGAGACCCCCUCGCUGAGGACUUUUUCCGUGAAGAAUACAUUCUCAAUAAUGCUAUUGGAACAUUAAAGAAACCAUACAUCGCCCUUAUUGAUGGAAUAACAAUGGGAGGGGGUGUGGGUCUGUCAGUGCACGGACGGUUUCGAGUGGCCACUGAGAAGACGCUGUUCGCCAUGCCAGAGACCGCCAUUGGGCUUUUCCCUGACGUGGGAGGAGGCUAUUUUCUGCCGAGGCUCCAGGGGAAGUUGGGACUGUUUUUGGCCUUAACGGGCUUCCGUCUCAGAGGGCGUGAUGUCCAGAGAGCUGGAGUGGCCACUCACUUCGUAGAGUCUAAGAUGAUCCCAGAGCUGGAGAAGGAGCUGGUGCACAUGAAGUCUCCCUCUAAUGAAGACGUCUCCAAAGUGCUCGACUCCUACCAGAGCCAGAGCAGCCUGGACUCUGAGAAGCCUUUUGCUUUGGACAAACACAUGUCUGAUAUCAACAGGCUUUUCAGCUCCAGCAGUGUGGAGGGAAUCGUGCAGAGCCUGAAGGCGGACGGCUCGGAGUUCGCUAAGAAACAAGCUGAGACCUUGUCCAGGAUGUCUCCCACAUCCCUGAAAAUCACCUACAAGCAGCUGCAGGCGGGAGCAUCUCUGAGUCUGCAGGACGUGUUGGUGAUGGAGUAUCGACUGAGUCAGGCCUGCAUGAGGGGCUGCGACUUCUAUGAAGGUGUAAGAGCUGUGCUGGUUGAUAAAGACCAGAAUCCAAAGUGGAACCCAUCAACACUGGAGGAGGUGACAGAUGAGUUUUUGGAGCAAUGCUUCUCAUCUCUAGGAGACAAAGAGCUGACUUUCUGAAGUCUGUCUUCUUUCACCUUUAAAGAUACCACUGAGCCUUCACCAAGCCUCGUCUCCUCUCAUACCUGUACAGUCAGUGAUUUCAGAUGCUGAGGAUGAGAGAAAAACAGUCAUAUUAGCACAAACAGGUCAUUUACUUUACACACCAACUCUGUGUGAUUUAAUACUGAGGUGACAUUUUACAGGAAAAUCCAGGCUGCUCCUCGUCAGCUGAGGAGCUCUGAUUCAUGUUCACGGACAGAAAUAGAAAGUAGUAGCAGCAGAGGUAGCUAACAGGCGCUCCGUGUGUCAUACAUGAGGAAUGAGAGUGUAAACUUGCUCUGCAGCAGAAGAGGAGUCUGCUUUUUUUCAGGAACUCUCUUCUGCUGCAGAAUCAGGCGGCAACGUGCCGCGCAGCAGCAUCAACAUGAGUGCAUCAGAGGAGAAAAUGAUCUCACCACUGAGUGCUUUAUGACUUUUCCUUCCUGUGGGUGUUUAUAUGACAUGGAUAUUAUCAUCAGUGUUUCUGCAGAGUGCUCACUUAUUCUAAUACAGAUAAUGUUAUCUUGUAUUUCUAUUUUCUGUUAUAGAUAUUUUUGAGAGAUAAACACUCCGAAGAGAAAAGCGAAUAGAAUUUAUAUAAAUAUUUGCUCUGGAUGUGGUUGAAAGAUUGUCUUUGCUCAUGAGAAAACAAUAAAACAUAUGUGAGCAGGUUUUAAAACUAUUUCUUCUGACUUUCACUGUUUUGUUUGAUCUGCAGACUGGAUAAAAAAUGGAUUAAGCCUCUGGGUAUGAACGUGAAUCCAAUUUUUAGCUGCCUUGAAUUUAGCAGCCAGCAGGGGUCGACUCCACUAGUCUCAUGAUUGUCCAUGGGACAACUGAGUACUUCUUAAGAGAUUUACACCCUCUGUAAAAGUUCUUUUGUUCUAUACAUAGUUUGAAGUCUUCUUCAAAAACAGAUGGUGUUCAAGAAGUUAUUUUAUAUUUUAUUUUACAGACUGCAUAAAAAUACAACCAUCAAUAGAGCUCACAGUAAAGUAAACUCCUGUUCACUUUCUCCAUAGUGGAACUAAUCAUUACCCCUAAAGUCACAGCCAUCCAAGUUAGACUUAACAAGAGUUACCUAAGUGACAUGGUGGGUUAUGUUCCUUAGAAGACACAAAAUUGUGAAAUGUCAACCUUGUUUAAAAAAACAUUGUUAUUUCGGAUCUCAGGCUAAAAAUGAAACAUCAGUACACACAAACCUGCAGAAUAGUUUCUUUGCGGAUGACAUCGAGCAGCAGCAGAAAGUCCCGAUGGGGGCUAAGAAGUGAUUUCUACAUCGAGAAAUGGUUCUCAAAAGGCCACGUUUUGAGCUGUGUAUGACUAUACUAAGCGUUACGUGCAUCCAUCAAUUUUUCUACACAGCUUAACCCUUUUGGGGUCGGGGGGAUCUGGUCGCCAGUCAAUUGCAGGGAUGACAGGACUGAGUAAUUUGCGAUAUUGACCUCGCCACCACGCCAGGUAAAUCAGUUAAAGUGUUGAAAAAAAAUCCUUUUAUGUAAAGUGAAGGGAUCUCCCUAAAUGUAUGUAGAAACCUUCUGAUGAUAAUUGCUGCAUAUAGGUCCAUUUAGAGCUGUAAAGUACUAGCUUUCUUCCAUUCCCAUUUAUUCCUUAAUGCUGUCCCUCAUUUCCCAACACGUGACUGCAAAGAACCUGUAAUGGCCUAACCAUCUGAAUGCAAAGCUGCUGUGUAACUACUAGGUCCAAUCUUGGUUUUCAUUUCAGCAUGCAUGUUAAUUAGCCAGGGCUUUUAUUCUGCAGAACCAAUUAAAACCCUGUGCAGGACCGUUUUCACAUACCAUUCACUGCCACCCUGCAACUGCAAAAUGUGUGUCCAGUCUACCUCUGCUCAAAUUCUGAACAUUCAUGUAAAAUGUUACUUAAGCACUACACAUGAUGAAUAACAGUUUUCAUUCUAUGAAUGAAAAUAUCCUCUCUGAAUGAAGCAAGCAAGGCCAACUUGGUGAACCAAUUUUUUCAUGUGAACACUGAUGUAUUCCUGAACACAUUUCUCUGUCCUGUGUUAGUGGAUAUCUGCAGGGAGAGCUGCUUUGUUGAAGGAGAGCUUACUAUGAUCAGGGAGAACAGAGCUGUCAUCUGGCUCAGACAUACCAGAUUUGUCCCUGUUUAGUAUGAGAAUCCCCCCACCUGGCAGACAAGCCAGCUACCACCUAAACAAGCCAACUUCCUGUGGAAAACACUGAUUUAAGAAUCAUUUGUUACUCCUUAGCUCCCCCUCUAAUCCAAGUCCCAUUGGACUAAGUAAGCUAAAUGGUGUCUGAAAUACCAAACAUGAGGCUUCAGAGCUGCAGUCCUGCUGUAAAACAGCUCACAAUGUUGACAUCCAUUUCUUAUCAACAGUCUGUGGUAGGAUUCAAAAUCAAAUCCUUUUCUGGUACUGAAGUUCUGCAUUAUUUAGUAAGAUAACCAAUCAGACAUGAAUGCUGGAGCAGAAAGCA